AGGCAGAUGCUGUGCUGCUGAGCUAUAUCCUCUGUCCAACAAGUGAUUUUUAAACGCCACUUAAUAUUGAGGAGCAGAAAUCUGGCUUCCAAAGAAAAGAAAAAAGAGAAGAGAAGAGAAGAGAAGAGAAGAACAAAAAAAUAAACCUGGCUUCUUAGGUCUGUUUAUCUGAGGAGAGAGUGUUGGGCACGGAUCUGGAGAACGAGGAGUAGGUGUUGUUGGAACUCCAGAUCGUUUGGAGGACUCCAGAUUUUGAAAUGCUAAGGAACUCGAUUUGGAGACUCAUAUUUCUGGGUUGGGGAUGUGAGGCAUCUGGUGCCACUAGAGCAGGCUCUGUAGGACUGCACAUCUGUAUUAUGAGAGGCAACAGACUUAGGGAACUGGAUUCUGGGUGUGGGAGUGCAAGAAUCAGGGAGUUCUGAGUGCCAGCGUUUCUGUUUCGGGGACAGAAGGUAGAAGGUUAGAACUUCGGUCCAGAGUGGUGUAGGGAGUUUCAUAGCCUCAGGGUACUGGUGUUUCAGGGGAUAUUGUGUCUUGGCGAACAGAGGGCUAGGCACACGGGACUCUGUGUUGUGGUACAGUGCUGCCCUUGUCGCUGUUCAUUUUGGGCCUCUCUUUUCUGGCUCUGUCCUUUAGAUCAAGGCUUCAGGAGCUUCAGGCUGCCUCCUUCAGGCCUCAGGCCCUGGGCAUGCAUCCAAGGUGAACCGAUACCUUGAGAACAACGAGUACUGGGUCCUCCUCCCCUUCCACAGCUCUCAGCAUGGAGGGAGGUGUCCAGUUCCCAGCAAAAGGGCGGGGUCUUGGCCAGCAUCGGAGUUCCACUAGGGCAGGAGCAGGGUCCUGGGGAGAACGGAGCUUUAUAAGGCUCCUCAGGGAGGUUCUUCAGUCCCAAGCUUGCCACCUGUCCCUGGACGUCUCUGUCAGCAUGUGGUUCCUGGUUCUGUGCCUCGUCCCGUCCCUAGGGAGGACUGGUGCCGCCCCCCCUGUCCAGUCCCGCAUCGUAGGAGGCUGGGAGUGUGAGAAGCAUUCCCAGCCCUGGCAGGUGGCUGUGUACCACAAUGGUUUAGCAGUGUGCGGGGGCGUCCUGGUGCACCCUCUGUGGGUGCUCACGGCCGCCCACUGCCUCAGAAGUGACAGCCGGGUCCUGCUGGGUCGCCACAACCUGUUUCAAGGGGAAGACACAGCUCAGCAGGUCCACAUCAGCCGAUCCCUUCCGCACCCGCUCUAUAACAUGAGCCACCUGUGGAACGGGACGCUGGGCAGAGAGACUGACCUCAGCCACGACCUGAUGCUGCUCCGCCUGUCAGAGUCCGCCAACAUCACGGACGCCGUGAAGGUCCUCGACUUGCCCAGGGUGGAGCCAGAACCGGGAAGCACGUGCUUCGCCUCCGGCUGGGGCAGCAUCGAGCCAGAGGUAGACCGGUUUGUGCUGCCCAGAACUCUGCAGUGCGUGGAUCUCAGCCUCCUGUCCAGGGACGUGUGUGCGAGAGCCUACGCUACGCCCGUGACGGAGUUCAUGCUGUGUGCUGGGCACGUGAAGGGUGGCAAAGACGCCUGUGUGGUCUGUCCUCACCGCUCUGGCUUCAGCAGCUGCGGGCCCUGCGCCAUUGGACCUCAAACUUGGGACAGCAUCCAGAGUGAUCCACGACCCACAGGAACAAGAAAAUACCAGGUCUGGCUGGGCCGCCACAGCCUAUUCGAUGAGGAAGACACGGGUCAGCUUGUGCAUGUCCGGGAAAGCUUCCCUCACCCCCAGUUCAACAUGAGCCUCCUGAAGCCGCACCACAGCUUCCCAGAGGAUGACCACAGCCACGACCUGAUGCUGGUCCACCUGAAGGAGCCGGCCCAGAUCACAGACUCCGUGAAGGUCCUGGAGCUGCCCACGAAGGAAGCAGCCGUGGGGAGCAGGUGCUUCGUCUCAGGCUGGAGCAGGGCAAACAAGUAUGAGUUUGCCUAUGACCUCCGGUGUAUGGACUUCAAAGUCCUCCCCAAGGACCAGUGUGAGAAGCCCCUCCUCGAGCAGGUGAAAGACACCAUGCUGUGCGCUGGCAUUUUUGGAAGUAGCAGACCUCACUGCGUGAGUGAUCCUGGAAAUGCAUUGGUCUGCAGUGAUGUCCUCCAAGGAAUAAGAGCAUUGGGCCAAAUCCCUUGUGACCACCACAUGUUUCCCGAUAUCUUCACCAAAGUGCCAUCCUAUGUCAAGUGGAUCAAGGACACCAUGGCGGCCAA